AUGUCCGGUAUCAGAUGCCACGAAUGCGGUGCUACAGUGACCACGACUGGUGCGAUAGCACGAUUAGCUGCUGAUGGUGUGAAGUGGGCUGCGGAAACAGCCACUAAUCUUGCUCCUGAUCACAUCCAUAUUCAUAUGGCGGCCGGCAUUGGAUUAGCGAGCGGUCUGCCUCCAGUAGCUAACAAUGGACCAGAAAGUGGACUUCUUGCUGAACAGUACAACGCCCGAGGAUACAAAUGCAUCAAUGAUCAUUCGCGCAAAUGGGUGACUGCUAAGUAG